GAUUUGUUUCGGCCGACCAGCAGUCAACAACUGGAAAAAAGACGGGAUGAGCGCUUGCGAGGUGCGAGACCUGUGAACAUUGCAGGACACACAAAGUCGCUUGUGUGCCUGUCACAGGACCUUGCAGUACCUCGGGCCCGUCGGUUUCUGCCCACGACUAAGCCCAACCCUUCCUUUCCUUUCUUGGAUUUCCCCCAAAGUGCCAUCCUCGGAUCCAUCGCCAACUUCGAGCACUCCAUUUCUGGUCCACUAUCCGUUACUCGUGACCGCCGACGACCAUAGGACAGACAGCAUACGGAUUACAUACCGGCCUUAUCGGAAGUCGGCCGGUCGUUCGCCGGCAGCCAGCGAUGGCUCCCAACAGCAAAGAAGCAGUUGCCGAGUGCAUCUCGGACGACGCGCUCAUCCACCUCAAGUCGUACAAGUACUCGGCCGUCGACAAGUCGCCCAUCUCCUACUACGUCCUGAGACCAUACUGGAAUGCCUUCGUCGAGCUAUUACCGCUAUGGCUAGCCCCGAAUAUGGUGACCCUGCUCGGGUUCAUGUGCAUCCUGUUCAACGUUGGCCUUUUGGUGGUCAUGAUCCCGGAUCUUGAAGGACCAGCACCACCAUGGGUAUACUACAGCUUUGGCUUCGGCCUCUUCAUGUACCAGACCUUCGACAACGUCGACGGCAAGCAGGCCCGGCGCACCGGCACGUCCAGCGGCCUCGGCGAGCUCUUCGACCACGGCAUCGACAGCCUCAACUGCACCCUCGCCAGCCUUCUCGAGACGGCCGCCAUGGGCCUGGGCACUUCCAAGUCGGGCGUCUUCACCGCCCUCUGCCCCUGCUUACCCAUGUUCUUCUCCACCUGGGAGACAUACCACACCCACACGCUCUACCUGGGCGUCGUCAACGGCCCGACCGAGGGCCUUCUGCUCGCCUGCCUCGUCAUGAUCAUCUCGGGCUACUGCGGCCCCGCCAUCUGGACCCAGCCACUUGCCAGCCUGCUCACCCCACAUCUGCCGCUGCUCGGCACUCUCGGCCUGACCGAAGCCCACCUGACCGACCUCUCGAUCCGCGACAUCUGGGUGACCUUUAUCAUCGUCUCUCUGCUCUUCACGCACAUCCCCUUCUGCAUCCACCACGUCGUGCAGGCGCGCCGCGCCAAGCACCUGCCCGUGGCCCCCGUCUUCCUCGAGUGGACGCCCAUGGCCGUCUACACGCUCUCGAUCGGCGCCUGGCUGUACUCGCCGCACUCGACGCUGCGCCGCGACAACCACCUCGUGCUGUUCUGCAUCGUCAUGAGCUUCGUCUUCGGCCGCAUGACCACCAAGAUGAUCCUCGCCCACCUGACCCGCCAGCCCUUUCCCUACUGGACCGUCAUGCUGUGGCCCCUGGUCGGCGGCGCCGUGCUGGCCAACCUGCCCCGCCUCGGCCUGCCCGCCGUCGACGCCCGCACCGAGUACCUGUACCUGUGCGGCUACCUGGUGUUCGCCGCCGUCGCGUACUUCCGCUGGGCGUACCUCGUCACCACGAGCAUCUGCCGCUUCUUGGGCAUCAACUGCCUCACCAUCCCGGCCCAGAAGCAAAGGGAAAACGAGAGGAUGACGGCUGCGGCGGCGGCUGUCCUGGGGAAGCAGCCGGCCGCCAAUGGGGAUGUCAGUGGACGCAAGGUGGAUUGAUUUCGAUUUUGCGUACCUGCCAUGCCACCUUUCCUGUGGAAUCUAGAUAACUACCUACCUAAGUAAUGAAAAGCGGUGCUUGAGUAUUAGACGGUGGGCGGUUGAGGCGGGAAGGGGGAGUGCCUGGCUACCCAAUCAUAUGGUCUCACAUCUCGCAGAAUUGCAGGUUAACCGGACGGUGCUGGCUGCUGUUGGUUCAAUUCGGCCUUGGUUUUGGCAUCGCAGUGACGUUCUUCGUCGGGGUGGGAGCGUCUGUCAUGGAUGGGCAUUACGGUGGCCCUUCUUCUGCCGGUAGCAGUGGUUUAAUGUCACACGCGGUGCGUCUGGGGUCUGUGGUGGAGGGCUGGUCUCGAGGAUAGAGAGCUCUAACGAGGAUAGAGAGCACAGUUACUCUGAGUAUGGUCACCAAGGGCCGGGAUGUGAGGCCGGCGGGUUUGGAGGAAGGAGGGUUGCGUUGUGAUAGCCAGCUUUAGCAUGCAGGACCAUUGCAUCAGCCAAACAUACCGUAGGUUCGCGAGCGGCGGACGUUGUACUCAACAGACUUCACGGACGCGUGGGGGCAUACGGGGACCGAGCUAGUGGGGAGGUAGCAGUGAUCGAGAGCAAUCCUAGAUCAU